AUGAUAUAAUAGAUUAAAAAUGCCAACAAAUUAGAAGAAUUUUUAAACUCUUCACUUUAAUCUCACGAAAUUCUCCAUAUUGAUCUAAGUUACAAUCGAAUUGGUGUUGAAGGUGCAUCAAGGUUAGGUUCUGCUUUAGGAAAGUGCACUAAUCUCUCGAAUUUGACACUUGAUCUUUAGGCAAAUUAAAUUGGUCAUUAAGGCGCAAUAGGCUUAAUUUCUGCUUUAGAAAAUUUCACUAAUCUCUCAAAUUUUACACUUAAUAUAGGUUAAAAUUAAAUUGGUGAUGAAGGUGUAUCAGUCUUAGGUUCUCAUAUAGGAAAGUGCACUAAUCUCUCGAAUUUGACACUUGAUCUUGAUAGCAAUAAAAUUGGUGCAAAAGGUGCAUCAGACUUAGGUACUGCUUUAGCAAAUUGCACUAAUCUCUCAACUUUGACACUUAAUCUUUAUUACAAUAAAAUUGAUGAUGAAGGUGUAUCAGCAGGCUUAAGUUAUGCUUUAUAAAAAUGCACUAAUCUGUAAAAAUUGAUACUUGAUCUUGGGUCUAAUUAAAUUGGUGUUGGUGUUGGUUUUGCUUUUGAAAAUUGCACUAAUCUCUCAAAUUUGUCACUUUGUCUCGAGUUUAAUUAAAUUGGUGAUGAAGGCGCAUUAGACUUAGGUUCUGCUUUAGCAAAUUGCACUAAUCUCUCAAGUUUGACACUUAAACUUGGUGAUAAUGAUAUUGGUGCAAUUGGUUUAUCAGGGUUAGGUUUUGGUUUAGUAAAUUGCACUAAUCUUACUAAUUUCGAAAUUAAUAUUUAGUUUAAAUUAAUUGGCGAUAAAAGUGCAUCAGAUUUAGGUUCUGCUUUAGCAAAUUGCACUAAUCUCUCAAAUUUGAAACUUUAUCUUAGGAGCAAUUAAAUUGGUGACGAAGGUGCAUCGGGCUUAGGUUCUGCUUUAGCAAAUUGCACUAAUCUCUCAAAUUUGACACUUAAUCUUUGGGAUAAUAAAAUAGGUGCAAUUGGUGCUUCGGGCUUAGGCUUUGCAUUAGUAAAUUGCGCUAAUCUCUCAAAUUUAACACUUUUUCUUAGGUCUAAUUAAAUUGGUGCAAUUGGUGCAUCAAGCUUAGGUUCUGCAUUAGCAGAUUGCAUUAAUCUUUCAUAUUUGGCACUUAAUCUUAGUUAUAAUUAAGUUGGUGAUGAAGGUGUAAAAGGAUUAGGCUCUUCUUUAGCCAAAUCCACUAAUCUCUCAAAUUUGACCCUUAAUCUUAUCGACAAUUAAAUUGGUGAUGAAGGAAUAUCAGGCUUAGGUUAUGCAUUAGCAAAUUGCAGUAAUCUCUAAAGUUUAACACUUAAUCUUUGGGAUAAUUAAAUUGGUGCAAUUGGUACAUCAGGCUUAGGUUCUGCUUUAGCAUAUUACACUAAUCUUUCAAAUUUGUCACUUAAUCUGAACGAAAACUAAAUUGAUGCAAUUGGUGCAUCAGGCUUAGGUUUUGCAUUAGCAAAUUGCACUAAUCUCUCAAAUUUGACACUUAGUCUUAGGUAAAAACAAUUUAUUUGUAAUUUUAUUUAUUUUCUUUUUAUUUUUUAUCGUGCUUGUGCUUUUUUUAUCUUUCUUAAUAAUUUAACUCAUAUUUUUAUUUUCAACUUUAAUUUUCCUUCUAACUAUCUAAUAAAUUACAUACUUUUUCUUCAAUAUAUAAAAAGUGAAAAUUAAAUUGGCUACGAAGGUGCAUAUAACUUAGGUUCUGCUUUAGCAAAUUGCACUAAUCUCUCAAAUUUGACACUUGAUCUUGAGUAAAAACAAUUUAUUUGUUUUAGAUUAAUGAUAUUUUUUAUAUAAAUUUUGAAGUAAAAACAAAAAAACUUUUUUUAUUCAUUUGAUAAUUGUUUCCUUGAUUUAUUUUUCUUUUUAUUCUGUUAAUUUUUUUUAUAUUUAUUAAUUUUAAAUAUAAUUUUUAAUUUUAAAAAAUUUUAUUCUAUUUAAUUUUUUUUAGUAAUAAAUAUAUUCUAAUUCAUAAUAAAAGUUAAAUCAAUGAAUUAUAAUAAUUAAGAGUAAAAAGCAAGUGUCUUAAAUUAAAAAGAUUAGUUAUCUUUCAAAUAUUUUUCAAUUGGUGAACUAAUGGUGAAAAAAGGAAAUAUAUUUUUUUUAUAUUUCUUUUAUGACAUAUUCUGA